GCGGCCGCCGGCGGACCUGGGGGCGGCGUUAGGGUUUCGCGGCGCCGAGGUAGGGAGACUCCGGGCCGCGCCUGAGCCCGAGGGGCGCCCCACUCUCGGAGGAGACGAUGGCGGAGGAAGAAGGACCAACUGUGGAACUGCGCCAAAGAAAAAAGCCAAAGGUUUCAGAAGAUAAGGAAUCUACCAAAGAAGAGAAAAUCAAAGAUACUCCAAUUCCUGAAAGAGCUCCAAAAUAUGUAUUAUUUCAGCGCUUUGCAAAGAUUUUCAUUGGCUGUCUUGCAGCUGUUUCUAGUGGUAUGAUGUAUGCUCUCUACUUAUCAGCCUACCAUGAGCGGAAAUUCUGGUUUUCCAACAGGCAGGAGCUUGAAAGGGAAAUCACAUUUCAGGGUGACAGUGCCAUAUACUAUUCAUAUUAUAAAGAUAUGUUAAAGGCACCUUCAUUUGAAAGAGGUAUCUAUGAACUGACACAUAACAACAAAACUGUGUCUCUGAAGACUAUAAAUGCAGUGCAGCAAAUGUCUGUAUAUCCAGAACUUAUUGCCAGCGUUUUAUAUCAAGCAACUGGUAGCAAUGAGAUUAUUGAGCCAAUGUAUUUCUAUAUUGGCAUUGUUUUUGGAUUGCAAGGAAUAUAUGUGACUGCCUUAUUUGUUACAAGUUGGCUUAUGAGUGGAACAUGGCUAGCAGGAAUGCUUACUGUUGCCUGGUUCAUUAUUAACAGGGUAGAUACAACAAGAAUCGAAUACUCCAUUCCUUUAAGAGAAAACUGGGCUCUACCAUAUUUUGCGUGCCAAGUUGCUGCCCUGACAGGCUAUUUAAAAAGCAACUUAAAUACUUAUGCAGAGAGGUUUUGCUAUUUGUUGAUGAGUGCUUCAACUUACACUUUUAUGAUGAUGUGGGAAUACAGCCACUAUCUCCUGUUUCUUCAAGCCAUAUCUCUAUUUCUGCUAGAUAGUUUUUCACUGGAACAAAGUGACAAGGUUCAUGAAGUUUAUAAAAUCUAUAUAUUUUCUCUCUUCCUGGGAUAUUUAUUGCAAUUUGAGAAUCCAGCUUUAUUGGUGUCUCCUUUAUUAAGUUUAGUAGCAGCCUUAAUGCUUGCUAAGUGCCUUCAGCUAAAUGUGAAGAAAGGAACUUUUAUAGCUAAAAUAAUGAAAGUCAUUAAUUUUUACUUGGUGUGUACUCUGACAGUAACAUUGAAUAUUAUAAUGAAGAUGUUUGUCUCACACAAAGAAAAUGGACACAUGCUAAAAUUCCUUGAAGUAAAAUUUGGACUAAAUAUGACUAAGAAUUUUACAAUGAAUUGGCUCCUCUGUCAAGAAUCCCUGCAGGCACCAUCUCAAGAUUUUUUGCGAUUGACACAGUCUUCUUUAUUACCUUUCUAUAUUUCAGUUUUAAUUAUUUGUUUUGUUUCUAUGAUGCAAGUUAUUUUCAGGAGAAUUAAUGGUAACUCCAUGAAAGUAACUGUUACUCUUGAAGAUGGACGAAUUGGAGAAAGGCCAGAAAUAAUUUAUCAUGUAAUUCACACUAUUUUAUUGGGUUCUCUUGCAAUGAUUAUAGAAGGCUUGAAAUACCUCUGGACUCCUUAUGUGUGCAUGUUAGCUGCAUUUGGUGUAUGUUCUCCUGAACUUUGGAUGACACUUUUCAAGUGGCUUCGAUUAAGAACUGUACACCCAGUAUUGUUGGCUCUUAUUUUGAGCAUGGCUGUGCCCACUAUAAUAGGUUUUAGCUUAUGGAAGGAGUUUUUUCCAAGAUUAAUGUCAGAAUUACUGGAACUACAAGAAUUCUAUGACCCAGAUACAGUGGAACUUAUGACCUGGAUAAGAAGUCAAGCUCCAGUUGCAGCUGUGUUUGCUGGGAGUCCACAGUUAAUGGGUGUGAUUAAAUUAUGCACUGGAUGGAUGGUGACAAGUUUGCCUCUUUACAAUGAUGAUGACCUUCUCAAGAGAAAUGAAAAUAUCUAUCAAAUCUAUUCAAAGAGAUCUGCUGAAGAUAUUUAUAAAAUACUGACAUCCUACAAAGCUAAUUACCUAAUUAUAGAGGAUGCUAUCUGCAAUGAGGUGGGAACCAUGAGAGGCUGUAGGGUUAAAGAUUUAUUAGACAUUGCAAAUGGCCAUGUGGUUUGUGAAGAAGGCAACAAGUUAACCUACUCAAAAUAUGGGAGAUUUUGUCAUGAGGUCAAAAUUAACUAUUCUCCAUAUGUGAAUUAUUUCACUAGAGUAUACUGGAAUAGAUCCUACUUUGUAUAUAAAAUCAACACUGUGAUAUCCUUCCAAUCUUGAAAAAUAACAGAACCAUCAUUUCAAAGACUUAUACUGCAUGAAGUAAAAUGCAUUUUUCUUCUACCUACGUUGUAUCUUUUGCAGAUCAAAAUAUGGACAUUUGAAAUGUUGCUGCUUCUUUUCCCCCCUUGCUGUUAACUGGAUCCAAAAUUCUGUGGGAAAUAGAUCAAGCAUUACUGUCCUUUGGUAAAAUGUCAAAUCUGCUACACUAUGGUAUUGCAGCCAAAUGUUUUCCUUACCCGUGGUCUCUAAGGAUUUUACCUUCUAAAAUAUUGUAAAACUUUCCUCAUAAAUCUUCAUUCUAUCAAAAUAUUGAUCUUGAGUUUAAAUAUAUUCAAGGUCAUAGUGUAUCUCUCAAAUAUAACAUUUAAUAAAUGCUUAAUGUGAUAUAACUAUAUGAUAGAAGGAAAGAAUUAUUCUUACAAACCCAUUUCUAAAAGUGUUUCAUGGUUAUAAUAAACCUGAAAUAUUACAGUUUAAAACUAAUUCAAAUGUUAGUUGAGGAUAUAUGGCGUUUAAGUUAAAGCAAAAGUUAUAUAAAGGAAAAUGAUUUUUUAAGGAUAUGCAUAAAGAUAUAUACAGUAUUCAGAACACACAUUUUCCAUGAUGAUACUGUUCUCAUUUUCUGGCUUAUAUAAGUGAGCACUUUCUUAGUAAUACAUAAUGCAUAAUAUUUCAUUUUAUUAUUUUAUGGCUUUAAGUGCUUAAUUUUUUCAUUUCUGCCUGUAAAUUUGAUACCAAUGUAAUCAUGAUAAAACUACAAUAUGUUACGUACAUACAUUUUAAAUAGACAUUCAAAAGAAUUGUUCAGGUUUUUAAAAAACUAUAUGGAUAUGGAUCCUACUGAAAUAUUAAGCGCAAAUUUAAAUCUUUAUCAGAAUAAGAAUUUCUACACUAAAAUGAGCAACAGUUUAUGUAGAUUGUGCAGAUGCUAUUAAACAUACCUCUGCAUACAGAUAUAUUUAUUACAAAACACAAGUGCUGUUACUUAGGAAACUGAUGUAGUCUUCAACAUUAAGAACAAAAUAACAAUUAUAAUAAAAUCCGUAACACCAUUUCACAGUCUAAAUGCUAUAUUCCUUUAAGUUAAAUACUUUCAUAUUUUUAAUCAUCUAUUAAUAGAAAUUCUAAAAUUAUUAACUUGGCUUUAUGAAGAGAUUCAGGGUAGAUAUAACCUGUAGAUAUAUCAUUUUAGUAAGAUGGGAUGCACAUUUAGUUUUAUACACGUGCUCAAUGACCAGUUUUUCAAAAUUUUCACUUGUUAGGGUGUUGCAAAAAUUGCAUUUUUCAGUACUCUAACCACGUUAGAAAGGAACAUCUUUCCACUAUCUUUGUUUUCUGUAAUAUAUAUAUAUUUAAAAGUACAAAAGCACAUGCAUUCUUAGACUAGCUCUAGAAUGCUUGGUCCUUUGAAGUUUAAGAAUUGUUUGAUGGUGGUAUUAUGUAUUGGGUGCAUAAGUUUCAUUGGUCCUUAUUUCAUACUUUUACGUAAAUUUUUAACUAUAUUAAGAUAGCUGCAGGCAGUGCACUUCAGGUUUACUUUGUAUAUCUUAGUAAUGAUUCACAUUUAGCUUGAAGCCAUAUGACAGUAUUAUCAUAGGCACCCAACCAAGUACGCAAUGAAUAGUCAUGAUAGUAUUUGUGAUUAGGGCACAAAUUUAAAGGUCAGUUUGCAUAUUUUGAAAGAGAAAUAGAAACACUACUUUCUGAAUAGUAUGAAAUAUGUAAUUGAAUGUUUAGCAAGUUAGAUUAUGAUCACAAGUGCUGAAUUCAGUUUUGGUUGUGUGUUUUGUUUUUUGACAUAUUAGUAAGCUGCUUUUCCUUGAAUCAACUUAUUUUUUAAAUAAAAUCAAUUUGGAAAAAUUUUUAAUUGAAUUUUUAAAUGAAUUUUUCAUUCAGCAGCAGUUGAAAGGAAAAUGUAAACUAUUAUGGAAAUAAUGAUAUUGGAUAUUAGAGAGAGACUUAUUUUCUUCUAUUUUAACUGAAGUUAAAACAAUAGUACUAGAAAACUUGGAGUGGGGUGCAUUUAAUUCAUUUCCUUACUUAUUUGUAGAGCAAAUUUGUAGGGGUAGAAGGAAUUACUUGAAGAAAUACAAAAUAUACUUUGUUUUUGGUGUUGCAAACACAUUGUAAUAAGUGCCUUAACUUCUUUAUUUCUAAGUUUUUUACUUCUUAUUUUUCAAAAGAUAUUAUCCAUUUCUUUCCUUUUCAUAAGAAAAUUUUAGUAAUUUUUUCCUCAUCAAGAAGCACAAAGAAAGAGUUCUCAUUAUAGUAUUUUCACUUCUAGUUUUAAUUCAAUAAUAAGUAAGUUUUGUUAAGGGUAGAGAUGACAUUUCUAGACUGUAAAAUUAAUGUAUUCAGCUUCCCAAAUGCUAGAAAAACAAACCAAUAAAUAAAACUAACUUCA